AUGGCGCCUCGCCGCCACUCGAGUGGUUGUGGGAUGCGCAACUGGCAGGGCUUUCGUGUUCUCGACCCUCGACUACGCCGACGCCUCUUGACGAGAAGGCGCCACUGCCCAAGUAGAUUGCUAUCGACAAAUCAGGCGCGACUGGGCUUGAUCAAGAUCAAGAUCGAGCCCCAGCAUGACAGAUUGGAUGUCGGGCCUUUUCUCCGGCCGAACCUUGGCUUACACGGCGAGUGCGACUUCGGUGGCGGCGGCUCCUCCAGUCAUGGCGCGCGCCCCCUUUUUUUUAGUCGCGAUUGCAAUUCCUCCGGCAUGAAGUCAACAUCCAGGAACCACUUCGCGGUGGUAGGGCCGACCCGUUCGGCAUGGAAGGGCGCGAAGCCCAAAAAGACCGGCGCCUGUGUCGGCGCUUUUUAG